ACGCCGUGGGGAUGAGCACGGCCGCCACAGGCUGCGCUGCCGCCGGGGCCGGGGCGGGGAGGGGGCCGGGCUGCCCGCUCUGCCGCCCGGAAGGACGGCGUCUGCCUGUCCCGUGAUCGCGGCCGAGCCGGAGCCGGAGCCGAAGCUGCUGCGCCGCUGCCCGCCUCAGGCAGGGGCGGGCGGUGGGAGCCGCCAUGGCGGCGGACGCCCCCGACACCCUCCCGGUUCAGCUGGUGGAGCAGCCCAGAAUCUCGGGGAUACUGAUUAUCCUUUCGUCCUUUGGGCUAUAAAAGAAAUGCCCCGGAACAGCGUAGGCCCGGCUCUGCAUUGCUUUGCCUGCGGCACACGCCGGCACACGCUGUUUCCCCACGGAGUUGCACUUCGUGUGUGGAAGUAGAACGCACAAGCAGUUCAAACAAACCGUUUUACUCGUGUUAGCCUUGGAGAAGGGUCAUUUUUUUAAAACUUUUGUUACUUCUGUAUAAUUGCACUGUGUAAGUCACGUGGAAGGGAGGAGGCCAACAUUUCCAGACUCGAAUGUGUGAAGUUGUGAGGGAUGCCUUUGCUUAACACUUCUGACAGUCAUCUUUGAUGUAGGUGCUUAAAAUGCAGCACGCGUUGCAACAUCAAGGCCGAAGCUGGUAAAUAGCCUUUCAUCAGGCCUGCUUGUAAAACCCACAUUAAAAAAGAGAUCAAUCAGCACUUAGAUAAACAUGCCCCCGUGACUGCUCUGUUUGUUCUUAGUCUCUUGGUACCAACACCACUAUAAAAAUGUCUGUGAAACAAAGAAACAUUCUAAGUACUGACACAAAAAGAAAUAAAGUUAACACCUAGAAUUCUGCCAACAGAUUCCCUUAUGGACUAUACUAUUAAUGUGACCUAGGAAAGGGAUUGUACAAUAAAAUGGCUGAAAUUUCUUCUGAUAAUUGAAAGAGUGAUAAACUAGUCAAUAGAAGGGGAGAUUAUAAGAAGGGAAGUUACAGAGGGAUCUAAUACAGCUUUGUUACUGGGCACCAAGAUGGAAAGGUACUGAAAGAUCUGUUAAAAAAAUCACAACAAAAAAUAUUUUGUAGUUUUCCAUCUAAAGAAAUCUUACAAAACAUUCACAUAUAUGUAGUUGGACAGUAACACAGCUUUUACAAAGAAGUACAAACUAAAUAAUUGACUGUGAAAUUUUUUAACAUCUGUUUCUCAUUGCUGUCUUCUUAUUAAUGCUUUGCAUUAACUAGGCUUUCAGUUCUAGUUUGGGACUAAAUGUAGAAACCUUAGCGGGGUUCCUGUGACUGGAUUUUUGUUAGUAGACUAAAAAUAAAUAAAAAAAAGCUACAUGCUUUAAAUCCAACAGGGUAUAUUGUAAUAUUGACAGUGAAAUACUGUAAGUAAAAUUUUAAACAUUAUUUUUCUUGUAUUCGUACUGAUUUUUCAUCAUUUCAGUCUGUUGUUUACAUUAAUGAAAGUUAAUGGGUUAGUAUGCAACCUAAAUUGCUUUAAGGUACUUUUGAAGUGAAUCACUAUGAAAUUUCUUAUGUUUCACUGAGAUAAUGGCUUAAUCUCUUCUCGGUCUCUGUUUACCCAUUGUUUCUGCAUGACACACUAAAACAUCUCAACUUUGCAAACACAGGGCGGAAGCUAGAUACCGUCACAGUCUUACAAAAUAAAGCAAUAUGCCAAAUUCUUCUUUGUGUUAUAACUUUCACUGGCACAUCUAGCACCUCCAAAUGGAAAACCUGAAGAACUUUCUGGUAACUGGUGCUGUAAACCUAUAGAGUAAAUACUAGGUCACAGGGAUAACCUGAGGUUUGGAAUUCUAGUUCUCUGUAUAUACAUUUGUACAGAAAUGCGGUAGUGUCUAAUAUGGAAAUUGAUACAAGCAAAAACUUAGAAGAAAAUGAAUUUGCUCAGGCCUACCUAGUGCGGUCAGAUCUGACUUUGAAGGGAGUGCCUCUGUGUGUUUGGGACAAAUCCCAGCACCACAAAUGAGCCAUUGGUCCACACUGCUGGAUUCUUCCUCAGUGGCAAACAGUUUUACAGAGCUGUGGCAUAGGAGAGGUAGGUGGAGGCCAUGGUAUUUCAUUAUACCAGGCAACUGCCUUCCUGGCUUCUGCCUAGAAACAACCUAGACAGAGGACUUAAAUAAAAUAAGGCCCCUUCUGUCCUUUUCAAGUGAACAUACACAUUUCUUAUUAAAUAGAAUAUCCUAAAUAGAGUCUUCUCUGUCACGAUCAAUGUUACGUGAAGAGCAAAAAUAAGCAGCUUAAUGUCACUCCUGGUGUAACAGAGAAAACUCCAUGUACUUCAAAAAGUUGAAUCAAAUUUACGUCAAGAAACACUGAAAAUUCCUGCUUUUUAUGCAAAUACAGCCCUUCUAAAUGUUUCUAACCUGCCUUUCAGAUUGCAGAAGCUGAAGGAGAUGUUUAUAUCAAAAUUUGGAUCAGCUCCCAAGUUUUAUGUUCGUGCACCAGGGCGAGUCAACUUAAUAGGAGAACAUAUAGACUACUGUGGUUAUGCUGUGCUCCCUAUGGCUAUAGAACAAGAUAUACUGAUUGCAGUAGAACCUGUGAAAACUCAAGUUGUGCAACUGGCAAAUACCAAUUCUUUGUACUUGGAUUUCAGUACUAAUGUUAAUAGCAUUCAGAUUAACAAAACCAAACCUCAGUGGCAUAACUACUUCCAGUGUGGACUGAAAGGUAUUCAGGAACAUUUUGGUCUUAAUAACCCAACUGGAAUGAAUUGUCUGCUAGAUGGAACCAUCCCUCCAAGUUCUGGUCUCUCUAGCUCCAGUGCUUUGGUGUGCUGUGCAGGACUCGUGACACUAAGAGCUAAUGGAAAAACCCUCUCUAAGGUGGAACUUGCAGAGAUUUGCGCAAAGAGUGAACGUUAUAUUGGCACAGAAGGUGGCGGAAUGGACCAGUCAAUCUCUUUCUUGGCAGAAGAAGGAACUGCCAAGUUGAUAGAGUUCAGCCCUCUGAGGGCAACUGAUGUUAGACUUCCAAGUGGAGCAGCGUUUGUUAUUGCUAACAGUUGUGUUGAAAUGAAUAAAGCAGCAACUUCUCAUUACAAUAUUAGGGUAAUGGAGUGUCGUCUGGCUACAAAGCUUCUCUCAAAGUCAAAAGGCUUGGACUGGAAAAGAAUGUUGAGACUCCAUGAUGUGCAAACCAAGCUAGGAGUUAGCCUAGAGGAAAUGCUGACCAUCAUCGAGGAGGUAUUACAUCCUGAGCCUUACAGCACAGAGGAAAUUUGUAAAUGCCUGGGAAUUAGCCUGGAGGAGCUCCGCUCUCAGAUCCUUAGUCAAAACACGCAAGAUGUUUCCAUCUUUAAGUUAUACCAGCGUGCAAAGCAUGUGUAUAGUGAAGCUGCCAGAGUGCUGGAAUUUAAGAAGAUAUGCAAUGAAGCACCUGCCAAUGCACUCCAGCUGCUGGGAGAAUUAAUGAACCAGAGCUAUAUCAGCUGCAAGGAAAUGUAUGAAUGCAGCUGUCCUGAACUGGAUCGGCUGGUAGACAUCUGCCUGCAGUUUGGGGCCAUCGGGUCACGUCUGACUGGAGCUGGAUGGGGUGGCUGCACUGUGUCAAUGGUGCCUACUGACAAGCUGAACACUUUCCUAAAAAAUGUUAAAAAAGCUUAUUACCAAACUGACGUCCAAAAGUUAGCAUUGGAGAAUAAUAGUCUGUUUGCUACCAAACCUGGAAGAGGAGCUUUGGUUUUUGUUGAGGCCUAAAGAACAUAAAAUUUUUAAAGAAGCUAUGUAGGGCAUUUAGAACUGGCAGUACUUCCCAUGCCACAGUAAAUUAAUGCCUUGUCUGUUUUUUAUUGUAAUGAGUAGUUGCUAUUAUCAAAAUAUAUUUCUGAAGAAGCAAUUAAAAGAAAACUCUUAGAUUAUAAUUUUUUUUUUUCAUACUAAAAAUAUCUUUCAGUAUAAACACCGAUUUACAAAAAGCUAUCGAUAAGGAAAAUUGAAACUGAAAUAAAGAUGAUACUUGGUGACAGCGGAUCUCUCUUCUUUUCCAUUUACUGUCAUAAAAGUAAGACCAGGUGGAAGAAGAGCUAUUUCAUUGUAGGGUAGGAACAUUGCAAUGUUUGCAGGGCUAUUCAGUGCUUAUCCUCUUUAAGUGCUGGAUAUUCUUUUGUUUAGAGUGUCCUGUAAAAAUGGAAGAUUAAACUGAAGCAUUCAAAAAAUUGAAAGGACAUUGCUAAAUGUUAGAAGUUUUAUACUCUCCUCAAAUAGGAUUAUUACUGCUGUAAUUAAUGGUAAUAUUGGAGGAGCACCUGCAGGCCGAAUAAAAUAUUAGGAAUACAUUAUGUUAAGCAGGAAAACUUUCCUUCUAGCUACAUUUCUUAUGUAUCUGUGCAAGGGUGACUUGUUAUGAAAGUUUUGACAAAAAUGAAAGCUGUGAGCUGUACAAUAUGGCAAGAUACUCCCCUAAGUGAGUGAACAAAUAAUGAAGCAAAGUUUGGUUCUGAGUUAUCCAAACACCAUAUUCUAAUUGCUGAAUCAUAGCUACACUUUUACAAGGUAGAACAUUUGCAUUUUUAUGCAAAACUAUUAAAAAGGAUUAAAUAUAAUCCACUGACCACCUAAAAAAGCAAUUAAAAUCUGUAAGGAAUAAUUAAGGAAAUAAUUCACUCUGUUGUACUAAGCAAAAGUAAAUAGGUAAGACCAAGAGUAAGUGUCAUUGACAUAUUAUUGACAAACUCCUAUCUCACUCCCACUUUACACUCCUGACAAUCUCAAGGUUGUAACUGCAGUGCAUUGGAAGUACAGCAUCUGCAAUUCAUAACCCAUCUCCUCAGUGGGAGAAAUGACUGCAAUUGCAGAAUGGCAACUGUACGUCAAGAUACCUCAAAGAUGCCCUAACCCUGCUUCUAAGUGGAAGAUUAGGUUCCUGUGCCCUUUCUCUCACAGAACAAAAACUUCCACCUGUCUGAUAUGUACAAUGAAAACUCAAGUUUUGCUAGUGUCAUAACCCUUGUAGCCAUAAAAGACAGAGCAAGAUUUGUGCACAUUUUUGUGAUGCUAAGCAAAGUUCACAUCCAGAAGUCUGCGUCAAAUUAGAGAUCUCUCAGAAGAGAUCCUCUGUACAUUACCCAUGUUAAUUCAGGCCAAAACCAAAUUCAUAGAGGCUACUAAUUCUGUGAGAGGACUCUGCCAAAUUUGAACACAGCAGAUGAACAACAGCCAACGCAAGCUGCCAGAUCUUUUCAGGAACCUCAGAGGGGACAUAUAAUGGUAGUACUAGAGUUUUCUGUUUUCUGACAACCAGGAAAAGUAGAACAGAGAGUGCUGUAGGUUAAGAAAAUCAAGUACUUGAGAGGAAGAAGGAUGGGGUCUAGGUGUGAUGGGGAGAGAUGAAAAGAGGAUUUGGAGGGAGGACAGUUAAAAGGAUGCAUGUGAGAAGAAGAAAGCAAGGGAUCAGGGAGAGAGUUAAGAGGCAGAAUUAUAGAAAGGUUUAGUCUAAAAGCAUUCACUGUUACUAUUUAUGGAAAUUUAAUAUCUUGUAACCCAUUUGUAAUGCACUGCAGAUACGUUGUACAUUCAACAAAACCUGUAAACGUAGGACUCCAAAAAUCAAACAACACUAGGAAAACAUCUUCAAGAAUCUCCAGGAUAACCUUAGAGAUUUUAAAGAAAAUAAUGCCAUGGCUUUGUUACUGACUGCCUUAUUAAAUAUAAUUCUCAGUUUAA